GCGUCGCUUCCGGGUGUCCUGAAGGGAGAAAUCCUUCUGCAUCUUUUUGUAUAACAGUCACCCCAAAUAAGCCCAAAGGCUACGUGGUAAAAUAACGUUUUAAAAAUGAACAGACUAUUUGGACGCGGAAAACCGAAAACGCCUCCUCCGAAUCUGUCGGACUGCAUCGGCAGCGUCGAUGCGAGAUCAGAGUCCAUAGAAAAGAAGAUCGGCAGACUGGACGCUGAACUCGUGAAGUACAAGGACCAGAUGAAGAAGAUGAGGGAGGGGCCCUCGAAGAACAUGGUGAAACAGAAGGCGAUGAGAGUCCUGAAGCAAAAGAGAAUGUAUGAAGGUCAAAGAGAGCAGCUGGCUCAGCAGUCUUUUAACAUGGAGCAGGCGAACUAUACAAUCCAGACACUAAAGGACACCAAAACAACAGUGGAGGCCAUGAAGAUCGGCGCGAAGGAAAUGAAAAGGGCUUACAAGGACGUCAAGCUGGAUCAGAUUGACGAUUUGCAGGACCAGCUGGAGGACAUGAUGGAGGACGCCGGCGAGGUGCAGGAGGCCUUGAGCCGCAGCUACGGCACUCCAGAGAUAGAUGAGGAUGAUCUGGAAGCAGAGCUGGACGCUCUGGGCGAUGAGCUGCUGCUGGACGACGACAGCUCCUACCUGGACGAGGCCUCGGCUGCCCCGUCCAUCCCUGAGGGAAUCCCUAGUGACAGCAAGACGAACAAGGACGGCGUUUUGGUGGACGAGUUUGGUCUGCCGCAGAUUCCUGCCUCAUAGACGAGGAGCGGAUUGAAAGAACUGCACUUCAACUGAAAACACUUUUAUACGUAGAGUAACAUUUAUACAUGCAGAACCUUUGCCCGAGGACACUUGGGUUUGGAAGCUCGCCUGGUGUCGGGUCGUGUACUGAUACCACUACCGUGCUAGCAUGUGGCCUUGUUACAUACUGAACCUUUUUUAAAAACACUACUUUACUUCACUACAACUUCCCCUUUCCCCCCUUUGUCCCGUCUACCACGUGUCAGUCUCUACCAGUAUUACUAAGUUAAUCUUUAUAUGUCUUACCUGUGUUCUAGUUUCCUGUGUCGUUCAGUCUCUACCAUUUUGUGGAGAUGAUUCUCUUAGAGCCUGUUUAAGUGUCUGCGAGUUAUUUGAAACAUGCAAAAUAAAUUAUGUGGUUUAAAUUAA